CUAAGGUAUAUAUACUUUAUUUUAUAGGUAUUGGCAUGUAAUUCCCAAGUACUAAUUUUAUACUAUAUUCCUUUAUUUUAUAGGUAUUGGUAUGUAAUUCCCAGUGGAGUGCAACAAUUUGAGGUGAGGUCAGUACAUGAGGUUUAUGCUGUGUACUUGAACCAAAGAACAUGUGCAUGUAGAGGAUGGCAACUAAGUGGAAUACCAUGUGUACAUGCCAUGGCUGCUAUUAGUUAUCUAAAUGAGAAUGUGGAAGACUAUGUGGCAACUUGGUUCACAACAGAAAUGUUUGGAAAUUGCUAUAAGUAUACAAUUAAUCCUAUAAAUGGAAGUGAAAUGUGGCCAUCUUGGGAAGGUCAACCUAUGUUGCCCCCGAAACGUAAAAGAUUACCUGGCAGACCUAAAGUCAACAGGAAGAAGGCUGCUUCAGAAAAAGAAGGUCGACAUACUAUUAGCAAGAAAGGGGCUAUUACAAAAUGCAGCAUCUGUAGAGAACCAGGACACAACAAAAUAACAUGUCCACUGUCCAAAGAAGGACCAAGUACUAAAGCCAAAAAGAAGAAGGGUAAACAUGUUCCUGAUGUUGAGGAUGAGUCUGAAUUUGAGAUUGAAGAGAUGGCUGAAGUUGAAGAUGAGUAUGAAUCUGAGUCUGAAUCUGAGAUUGAAGAGCUGGCUGAAAAUGUUGAUGAACCUGAUCAGGGACAAGUUGAUGAAGCUACUGUUGAACCUGCUAUUGAAGCUGCUGUUGAACCUGCUGUGGAAGCUGCUGUGGAAGCUGCUGUUGAACCUGCUAUUGAAGCUACUGUUGAACCUGCUGUGGAAGCUGCUAUUGAAGCUGCUGUUGAAGCUAUUGUUGAACCUGAUCAGGAACAAGUUCAUGAACCUGAUCAGGAACAAGUUCAUGAACCUGUUGUUGAGCAUGAAUUGGAACAAAUUGUUGUUGAACCUGUAAUUGAAGAUGUUGAGGAACCUGCUGCACAACCUGUUGUUGAAGUUGAACAAAGAGCACAACCAUUGAAGAGGAAAAGGAAAUACUCAGAGAGGAUCACUGAAGUGGCAUUAAGGAGGGUGGUCAUCACCAAGGAUGGAUGUGGUUUAAGUGUGAAUAAACCUGUUACACUGGAAUGAUUCCCUUUGAUGUAAAUUUGCACAUUAAAAACUGUGCUUUUGUUUGUUUAGGGCAGAAAUUACUAUGCUUGUCUUUUGCAUAAAAACUAUGCUUGUCUUUUGAUGUAAAUCUGCACAUUAAAAACUGUGCUUUUGUUUGUUAUUACCCCUUAAAUAUAAUCUACAUCGUUCA